AUCAUCAGUCAAUUGUAAAUGCAAGAGUAGAGUUUACUGUGGUGUGUAAUAGAUUCUUACAAAGGCUAAUAUUAAAAUAUCGAAAAUAGUUUGCUCGGAUAUAAUUGCAUUAUUUACCGCAUCUAUUUUAUGACACAGACAGGCAAAAAACAGCUUUUCCAUUAAAUUUAGAACUAUAUUUUUCGAUUUAAACUAACUAUUGAAAUAAAUUUACUUCCUGUGUGGCCCGUGCUUCUAACAAAUACAAUUGCAGAGAAUGUAUUGAAUGAUGUAAAUAUUUGAAAUCAUUAACUAGGAAGUAAAUCAUACGAUGGCUACUGUGAUUCAGAAAAAUGGUUUGAAACUUUUGUCUAAUGGCAACGCACUAGCACAUAAAGUACAAAAUAUAAAUCAUUUUGAAGAAGUCAAAGAAAUAAUCGAGGAUGAGAACACUGAGAUCAACGAAAUCAGUUCUGAACAAUGUGAGCUCAAAAAUGAAAAGUAUAUCACAGAUGAAACCAUUGAAGAGCCUGAAAUAGACAUAGUAAUAAACAAUGUAGUUUGUAGUUUUAGUGUCCGAUGUCAUUUGAACCUUCGUGAAAUUGCUUUAUCAGGUGCAAAUGUAGAGUAUCGUAAAGAAAAUGGUAUGGUUACUAUGAAACUACGAAGACCCAACACUACUGCCAGUAUUUGGUCCUCUGGUAAAAUAACUUGUACUGGUGCAACUAGUGAGAUUGCUGCAAAACAAGCAGCCAGACGAUUCGCACGAUGUUUACAAAAACUUGGAUUCAAUGUGAAAUUCAACAAUUAUAGAGUGGUUAAUGUACUGGGAACAUGUUCCAUGCCUUUUUCAAUAAAAAUCAGUUCGUUUUCAGAGCAUCAUAGAGAAGCUGAUUAUGAACCAGAACUUCAUCCUGGAGUUACAUACAAAUUGAAAAGUCCCAAAGCUACAUUGAAGAUAUUUUCUACAGGAAGCGUUACCGUAACUGCUCCAAGUGUGGCUGAUAUUCAGGCUGCAAUCGAAUACAUAUUCCCCCUAGUUUACGAAUUUCGUAAAGAAAGGACCAAAGAAGAGAGAGAAGCGAUAGCAAGGAAAAAACUUAAACAAAUGGGCGAAAUUCCUUGGAUCGACUAUGAUGAUCAGGCAGAUUCAGAAACUAUGACAAUGUGCGAAUCAAAUAAUGUGAAUCACUAUACGUGGGACUAAAACAACGUAUUACCGAUUAACGUUUUUUUCUAGUUUUUACCGUCAAAAGGCUCGACCCUAGAUAUUUAAAAACGGAAAAGUAAAACCACUUAUUACCUUUGCUGAAUUAUAAGUUUACAUUAUUGUCUCCUAAUAUCUGUUGAGUUUUAGUUACUACUUGGUGAAUCUUCAUUUAAUUUUAGUUUCUCUUGAUGCCCCCUCUCCUACUAUUUAUAGUUAGGUAGUAAAUGUAAAAAAUGGUGGUUAAUACGAUAUGUUUUGGUGCAUCUCAUUUUAAAAACUUGUUUUUAUUGGAAUCCGCUUUUUUUUUGUUUUCAAGUAUUCAUCUUUUAGUUCAAUUUUGUUAAUUAUAUAUCGGAGAUAAUAUAUGGAAUUUUAACCAAUCCAUCUUCAAGGUUAAAUCAAUCAAUUUUCAUAUUAUUAUUUUUAUAUACCUUUUUGAUUUCUGGUAAACAAAAAAUUAAGUACUACUUUAAGUACAUAGAUAAUAAUGGAGUCUAAGCGGGGCUCAAAUAUUUCCUAUAAAAAAAUAUUUACACCUUCCAAAAAUGCGUGUAAAAUUAUUGUUCAAUUUCAAAUCGAAUAUUUGGUUUACUUUUCUUGUUUACAACUUUUAAUUUUUCUUUGGGGUCCAGCCGGUCAGUUUUUAACGCGAUGCUUGAAACCUAGUCAGGUAUUUUAUUUUGGUACAUAAAGACUGAAUGAAGUUUUCCUUUGUGAUGAUAAUGAUUUUGGUCAAAGGAGUAGAUUUUUAGUUUCUUAUAUGUUUUAUGUAGAUAAUUGUUUAGUUUUGCCUUUGAUAGAAAUCAAAGAUUUUAUUUAUACGUGAAAAUAGUACUAGAAAAAUCGAAUUAUUAAUUUAAUUUGAAAAAAUAAGUCGUUCAGUUUCCUGACGUUGGAAUAUUUUUGGAAUACUUUCUUGGCCAUACCAAAGUUUUUUUUAUAGUUUGGGAAUAAUAAGUUUAAAUUCAUUCCACGUCAUAGGAUUUUGGAAACUAUAUACAGAAAUCUGAGAAAUUGAUGACAUUAUAAUUGACUUCCUUGUUGAUAUUUGGAAAUAGAAUAAAGUUUUCUUAGUUAUUAUGUUCCUCAGUAGGAGUCCAUCAAUUUCUAUCUAAUUUUCUUCGAUUUCAAUAAAAAGGGAUGCUUUAAUUCUGUUGAUUACAUCGAUUGUAUCGACCAAAUUUCACUCAAUGCAAUUGAUAUAAUCACGAAAAACUGAAACUGGACGACUCGAAGCGUUUUUCUGUUUAAAAGAUUUUUGUCUGUCUUAUCAUGCUCUUUAUUUUAACCCUAAAGCUAUCUUUAAAACAAAAGUGUUGUCUAGAGAGUAAAGUUUGACUUUAAUAUGUAUAAUGUACUUUAUAUAUUUACAUUCUUCAAAAUGAAAAAUCAUUCUGGCAUGUAUACAAAUUUCUGAUAUAUUUUUAUAAAUAAUGUGUGUUUCUAUAGAUUUUUCAGUCUUGUAUAAAAAUUCAUAUAUAUCCUCUCAUUAAAAGAAAAAAAUAUUAAGACUCUCCAUCUUUAAUUAUCAAAAUUUAAGUUUUAAAAUAUGGAAGUAAGUAAUUAUCAAUUUUAUUUAUUUUUAGAUACAUAAAUAGAAUGUAUGAAAUUUGUUUUUCAUUUUCAUGUUUUGACUUUUGAAUUUUAGUAGUGGAUAUUGUAUUUAUAUUUUUAUUUAUACAUCAUUAAAAAUUUCGUUAGUAUGUUUAUAAACGAAAUGUCAAAAAUAAUUUCAUUAAGUCAAAAACUACGCCUCUAUUUCAAUAUAUCAAAGAUUUAUUCAUUAUAUUAUUUUUUCUGAAUUAAAAUAGGUAAAAAUUGAAAAUUGUUGAUAAUCAAAUAAAAAUCUUAUUGAUAAAUAUUGAAGUAUUAAAAUUUUGCAAUAAUAAGCAUAAACUUUUUUGAUAAACGAAAAAAAUUCUCAAGUUUGUGAGAAAUAAAUACAUAAUUAAUGUUUGAUAACAAUAUUCCUUAUGGGAUAGAAAUUAUAAAUAAAAACAAAUUUCCUUAAAUAAAUUAUGAAUAAACACCUCGAAGAUAUUUAGACAAUUGCCUUUCAAUGAUAAGCCUAUCCAUUUAAGUUAUAAAAAAUUGGUUGAACUCCGACUUGACCAUUUGGUUCUAUUCAUUUCAUAAAUAAAAUGUGGAUGAAAAACUUGCAUAAGCUCAAACUACAAUCACCUAAAUCAGGUCAAGACGUCUCCUACAAAAUUUCAAGGAUAUACAUAAUUAGGAAUGGAGUAAGUUAUCCAUGAUCUACCAUAUCUCUAUAGCUACAGAGCCUCAAAAAAAUUCCUAUAUAAAAAGAGAGUGAUAAGUAUCUUGUUACUUGAAAUACUGAAUUUCGAAUGGGAGCUAUCAGGUUUUAGAGUGAAGUAUCCGAAAUUUAAUGUCAAAUAUCACUAUUUUAUUGAAAGCUUCAAUAAAUAAUAAUCAAGAUUGAAACUGGGAGGGAAUGUUUCAUAUUUAAACUUUGUUUUUGCGCACGCUAUACUUCAAGAAGUCAUUUAUCAAUGGCAUCAAUUCAACUGGUGAGCACAAAAAGAUAGCCCUCAUUGAACAAACCAAUGAGCACAACAUUUUGUUGUAACCACUUCAUUAAACAGAUUGUUAAAUUUAUUUUGCAAAAAUAUGCUUAGUCGGAAAAAAUCAAUUAUCAAUAUAGAUAUACACUAAGUUUAAAACUGUUUUUUUUUUUCAAAACCAAAUUAUAGUUUCUCAAUACUAAUUUUUAUUUAUUAUGUCUUCAAGAUAUUUCUAUAUUUGGGCACCUUACAAGAUACAAAAUUAUUUUCCUAUCCAUAAUAUAAACAUUGGAUUAGAUAAGAAUUUAUGAAUCGAAUCUUUGCAAUAAACUUAAAUAAUUUGCAAAUUAAAUAUUACCAGAAACAGCUUGUAAUAAAUGAUGGAUUUCAGUUUUUGUAUUAUUUAUUUGUAAGUUUCCAGGGAGAGUGGAAACUACAUAAUUUUAAUAAUGUCUGUUUGUAACAUGUCUUUUGAUUCUCUAAUGAAUAGUAUAAAAAUGUUAAAACCGUCAAAAGUGAUUAACGUGGUGUUAUUAAUUUGGAGUUGAUCUGUUAUUGACAUUAAGUUUGCAGUAUUUAUCAAAACAAUUACUUUUAUAGGUCAGGCAUAUAGCUAUAAAUACGUCUUACUCUUCUGUUCGUUUUCAAUCGAUUUUUGUAAAAAGAAUCUGGAUACAGAAGAAACACAGAUUAAUCUUAAUAAGUUUACAAAGAAAAAUAAUUUAAUAUUCAAAAAUCAAAUUUAAAUAACUUUUUACACGCUAAUAAUAAUAAAAAUUCAACGUGAGAAAAUAUAGUAUUGCUUCAAUAAGUAUUCAUUUUCUGUGACAUUUUCUUAUUUGCUGAAAUAAAACCAGGAAAAUUUAUAUGGUCUAGUGUGUGGUCCAAGGCUACAUGAAUCAAAGUAAAAUAUUUUUAAAACAUUUGUAUAUACCUGUCAUGAUUAAAUCAAUAUUUUAUGAAAAUCAGUUUAGAAUUCACUAUAAGAAAAAAGUAUAGCAGUACUUUAUAUCAUGAAGCAGAAGAUUAUAUCAAGUUCUUCAACAAUUAUCUGGCUGAAUUGAUGACAACAGUUGAAAUAUUAUAAAUUAUUUUUUAGGCUCAUAUCAUAUUUUCAUAUUCUAUAUUUCUGUACUCCAAAUAUUUAUACAGAACAUAACACAAAAUUUUACUGUCAUAAUCGUAAGUUUGAAUACUAAUUUUUUAUAAAAUACAUUCUAUAAAUGUCUAGGCAUCUAUGAUAACAAAAAUCUAGUUGGAAAAGUAUUAUAAUAAUUAUUUUACCAACUGUUUCAAAUAUCUCAAAGAUGUUGAAGAAACUUGUACCGUAUCUCACAAACUAGAAAAGCGAAUUAGGCUAAUAACAAUCAUGAAUAACUGAAUGUUUUAACUUGUAUGAUAUACAAUAUAAAAAUUAUAAAUCAACCCACAGAUACUAGGUAAACGAAAUAACUUGUAAAUACUGUGUAAAUUUUCUUUAUAUAUCUAAUUCACUAUAAGAAUUUUCAAGUUUUAUAUACAUGUUAUGUUUAAUUUCAUCUUUAUUAGGCCUAGUAAUAUCGAUUUGCAUUUUUACACGUGUUUUGUCUUAAUCCCUCAAAAUAAAAUAAUGUAGACAUUUUUAUAAAUGGAAUCAAUUUUUUAUUAUUGGGGUAAAAAAUCAAACUUUAAACCUAACAAAUUCUCUUCUCCAAAAGAUAUACUACUUUAUUAUUUAUCUAUCGAAAUACAACGUGUCGUUAAAACAAAAUAAAAUCAUUUAUAAAAAAUCUGUUAUUACUUAUAUAAUAAUACUCUGGCUAUCACAUUCAAAUGCACAUUCAUUAUAUAUACUAGUUAGAAUUGCAUUAAGUUUUAUUCUACUCAGUGUCUUUCUUCACAAUCUAGUACUUAUUAUAUUUGUACAGGUUAGUAGUAGUCAAAUACCGAAAAAUUAUUCAUUUUUUGCAUUUAUAUCUGUAAAAUGGUACUUCUUAGCUUUUUUAUUCAAAAAACCAUGAUUAAUUUACCACCGCUUCGAAAUUAUAUAAAUUUAUUAUUCUGAUGUACAUAUUAACUCGAUUUGAUGAAUCGUCACGUUUAAAACACCUACAAAGGAGUUGAUGUUAAAUGUAUCAUUCUUGGCCAAAAUCGCAUAGUAGAAGCAAUUAUAAAUCUUUGAGCCUUAACGAUAGUAAUAACAAAAUAAUAGUUAAUGUUGCAUGAAUGUGUUCUUGUAUUCCCCAGAAGUUAUAACAAAUAAUGAUAUGCUUGAUUCGUAUAAUCAGAAGAAUCAUACUCAUCAUCUUAAUACGAAAUAUCUUAUUUAAAUACUAGAUACAGGGUUUUAUAGUUGAAAAUAAUAAAUAAUUAGGUGGUGUGUGGAGCAUAUAACAUUGGCAAUAAUUAAACUACACGUUAAAUGUAUUAUAGAAAAAUGCGUGAAACCAAGUAAAUAUUUUUGGAUUUUCCUAGUUAACUCUUUUAAAUUUUGAUUAACUGAUAUAAACUUUAUAGUCCGAAAAAUCGUUAGUAUUUUUUCCUUCUUUUGUUCAAAGAUAUAUUUUGACGACUACAGUAAAUGUUUUGAUAUGUAACUUGCGUAAAAUAUGUCUAUACUGGGUUCCACACAUUUGUUCAUCACCGUAUAUUUUUUUUACUAUCAAUAUCAUUCCUGUAUAACAUAUCGAUGUGGUAGUUAGAUAUUUAGGAUCUGAAAAGAGUACUGUUAUGAUUUCUUUAAAAAAAAUCAUGUAGACGUUUUUCUAUUAAAAUUUCUUUAGAUGAUGAUGAUGAUGAUGAUAAAUUUCUAGUAAUUGUAAUGUAUUAAACAUGUGUGACUUCUAAAGAUAUAAUGGGCAAUAGUCAUUAAGUAAAGCAAAACUUUUUUACAAAACAAAAAGAUCAUUUUUUGAUAGAAUAUAUAAUUCUACAUAUUUGUAUGAGCAAUUGUGGCUUUUUUAUGAGUAUAGCCCAUCUUUUUGCCGAGACAAAUAUUUUUGAUUACACAAAUUAUAAAUACCUUUUAUUUCUAUUUGUCAGUAUAAGCGAUCGACAUUUUACAAUUACUGACAAUUUGAAGUUUGUACCAAAAACAGAUAAUUUAGUUGUUAAAUUUCUUCAUUUUCGCUUUUCUGUGAACAAUUCGUUCAAUUGUAUGUUUCUUUUUACUGUAGCCUGUAAUAAAGUUUUCUCAUACUGUU